UGCCGCUUUGAUUUUGACAUUUGUAAGCUUUUCAAUUGGAGGUCGGAUAAAGAAAACACCAAAAAUCAGCUGAUAAAUUCGUCAUCAAUAACAACAAAUUUGGUGUUUUUCUGAGUUAAUAGCAAAUUUCAAACUCCUUCAAAAAGAAAUUAAAAAUGGAAAUUGCUGAUACUUAUUACAGCAAGGAUGAAUAUGUGGAGACUGCAUCUGGGAAUAAAGUUAGCAGACAAACUGUUCUUUGCGGCUCACAAAAUAUUGUGUUGAAUGGAAAAGUUGUGGUGCAAACUGGUGCUAUAAUUCGAGGCGAUUUAGCGAAUGUACGGACUGGCCGCUAUUGUGUUAUAAGCAAAAAUGCAGUUAUCCGGCCACCAUAUAAACAAUUCAGUAAAGGCAUCGCAUUCUUUCCAAUGCACAUUGGCGAUCAUGUUUUUAUUGGAGAAGGCGCGGUCGUAUCGGCUAGCUCAAUUGGAUCGUUUGUGUAUAUAGGAAAGAAUGCAAUUAUUGGACGUCGUUGCGCGCUUAAGGACUGUUGUAUCAUUGAGGACGGCGCUGUAUUACCACCGGAAACAACAGUUGCUAGUUAUAUGCGUUAUACAGCGAAAGGAACAAUUGAGGGUGGGCAAGGAAAUCCAAAUUUUGUUCCAGCAGCGAUGCAAGAUCAAAUGGUUGAAUAUACAAAAUCCUUUUACGAACAUUUCUUAAGAAAUCCCCAAGCCGGUUAAAUUUUAAUUAGAUAUUUAUUACAUUUAUUAACCAUAACGUAUUCCGCUUACUUUAAAUAUUUUUAAAAGAUUAAAUCUCAUAUUAAUAAAAAUAAAAAAAAAAAUGAAAUAAACA